UCUCUCUCUAUAUGUAGAGAUAUGCUUCUGAUGGCUCCUGUCAAGGAUGCAAAAGCAAGAAAAGCAUAACGAGAAUUCCACUUUUCCUUUCAUCAUAGACAUCCUGUACUAGGAAACUUUUUCCUAGCUGCUUCCUUCAGCUCGAAGGACCUUCUUUCCCUCUAUUUCAAAGGAGAAUUAGAUUUUGGCGUUUGGAUGACUAUACAGCGUUUGAGAGGAGACCAAGGAGCUGACAUCAAGGCCGAGAUGAGCACUAAGGUGAAGAAGCAAGAAUUUCCGGGCAGAAGCUUAAUCGACUUGGUACUCUCCUGGUCUAUCAAUGAUGUCCUCAAUGAAAAUCUUUAUGAAGGACAGGUGAAAACGAUCCCACUGACAUUCUCAUCGGUCCCAGAAUACAUGAAGUCAUUAAGGAUUCCACUUAUUAAGGAAACGCAUGCUGACUUGUUGGCAAGCAUUUCAACAGUGUCUCGAGCACCUAUUUGUAAAAUAGUUUCUGUCCAAAAAUCAAAAAAUUAUAAACCGCCCCAUGACUUCUUUUACAGCAUUAUGCUACCAGCAGUGUGGCAAUUCAAGAAUCAUAAAGAGACGUAUGAGCCUCAGAAUGGAGACCUCAUUGCAAUUACAGAUGUAAAACCAGAAUCUGUUGAGGAUUUAGACAGACCCAACAGAUCCUAUGUUGUCGCUUAUGUUCAAUGGGUGAGAGAAGGAGGCCUACUUGCACUCUCAGUACUGUCCUCACAGCCCAUCUUGGUUGAAGAAGAAAAGAGCAAGAACAAACAAACUCUUUAUGCCGUUUUCCUGACAAACAUGACCACGAAUAUCCGCAUUUGGAGAGCAUUGAACGCUCAACUGGAAGGUGGGAACUUGAACUUCUUGCAAGAAGUGCUGAACCCUAAAUCUACUGAUGAUGCUGAAAAUCCAACUAUCAACUUCUCUGAUGAGAAAUGUAGAACUGCCUUUGAAGAUAUGAGGGACAGAAUCGUGUCUUCUGAUUUAAAUUUGUCCCAGAAAGCUGCAGUUAUUAGCUGUUUGGUUUCUAGGGAAUGCAAUAAGAAGAAGAAUACUAUCAAUCUAAUAUGGGGACCUCCGGGGACUGGGAAAACCAAGACGGUUGCUUUCUUACUGUUUUCUCUCCUUAAAAUGAAAUGCAGAGUGCUUAUAUGUGCCCCGACCAAUACUGCAGUUUUGGAAGUGACUCGGCGGCUUGUGAAGAAUGUUACAGAGUCCUUUGAAUAUGUUGCUUAUGGACUUGGGGAUGUAGUUUUAUACGGAAAUGAGCAGCGGAUGAAUAUUACUGAUCAUCAUGACCUUCUCGAUGUAUUCCUUGAUAACCGAAUUGAGAUACUAAAUAAAUGCUUAGUUCCAUCCGGUUGGAAAAAUGGUUUACAAUCAAUGAUUUGUUUGCUCAAGGACCCCAAAAAGGAAUACCGUCGCUACUUGAAAGAAGGAAAAGUGAAAGAAGAGGAGGAGAAAAAAGAGAAAGGAAUGUCUGAAAAUGAGGGGACUAGUGGGAAUCAAGGAAGUAAUAUCCAGGGUCAGUCCUCUAAGGGUAAGAAGAGCAUGAAAUUUCAGAAGCAAGUUGUUCAGGCCUCAAAUGAAAACCAAAGCAAGAAAACACCGAAAGGGAUGGUGCCUUCUAAGAAUGAAAAGAAACUAAAGCAUGAGGAGAAGGAAAGCGGGGGUUGUUCUUCACAAGUUGUGAAUGACAAUCCUUUGACGUUUGGGGAGUUUCUAAAGGGGAGUUUCAAUCGCAUUGUAGAGCGUCUGGAGUUUUGUAUUGUAAAUUUGUGUAGGCACUUACCAACUUCUUUUAUUUCACUAGAAGUGGUAAAGAACAUGGCAAAAGCUCUUGAUGUUCUCAAGUCUCUCGAAGCUUUGCUGCGUACUGCUAGUGUUGAUGACAAAGGAGUAGAACAAGUCUUCAGCCAAAAAUUAGGAGGCGGUCUCGGUCACUUGGAAAAGUUGAGACUUGCGAUCAGCGAGUGCCUUCGCAUACUUGGAUCACUUCCUAAAGAAUUCUCUCUCCCGGAGAAGAUUAGUAAUAAGAAUGCACUAAAAGAUUUCUGCCUUGCAAAUGCACGUCUGAUUUUCUGCACUGUAUCAAGCUCUAUUAAAUUGUACAGAGAAAAAAUGAAUCCUCUGGAACUAUUAGUUAUAGAUGAAGCUGCUCAGCUCAAGGAAUGUGAAUCGACCAUUCCUUUACAACUUCCCGGUCUCCGACAGGUAGUGCUUAUUGGGGAUGAGCGACAACUGCCUGCGAUGGUUCAAAGCAAGGUUGCUGAGAACGCUGAAUUUGGAAGAAGUUUGUUCCAAAGGCUGGUAUUGCUAGGACACAGGAGACACCUUCUCAAUGUGCAGCACAGGAUGCAUCCAUCCAUAAGCCUAUUUCCGAAUCGGGAGUUCUAUGACCGUAAGAUUUUGGAUGGAGACAAUGUCAAAGGAAAAAGCCACGAGAGGCGUUUCCUUCAGGGGAAGAUGUACGGUUCGUACUCUUUCAUAAAUGUAGCACAUGGAAAAGAGGAACUUGAUAACAGCCAAAGCCAGAAAAAUAUGGUUGAGGCUGCUGUAGUGUAUGAGAUAGUUUCACGCCUUGUCAAAGUUAACAAGAAGAACAAGGUUAAGGUUGGUAUCAUCUCACCGUACAAGGCACAAGUGGAUACAAUCUCAAAGAUGGUCAACAAAUUAAGUAGAGGCUCUAAUAGUAACUUAUCCAUUAGUGUUCGCUCUGUAGAUGGGUUCCAGGGUGGUGAGGAGGAUGUUAUAAUUAUUUCCACUGUCAGAAGUAAUGUGAAUGGAGCAGUAGGUUUUCUUUCCAAUCGUCAGAGAGCAAAUGUGGCUCUAACACGUGCACGGCAUUGCCUUUGGAUAGUGGGAAAUGGGGUGACUUUAAAUAACAGCGGCACUGUUUGGACGGAACUAGUCAUUGAUGCAAAGAAAAGAGGGUGUUUCUAUAAUGCCGAUGAAGACCAGAGCUUGGCUGAGGCUAUUACAGCUGCCUUGGUUAAGCAGGGCCAAAUGGGGAGUUUACUCAACAAUGACUCUUUGCUGUUCAGAAAAACUAGAUGGAAGGUCUCCUUCAGCAAUGAUUUUGUGGAAUCUAUGUCUAGAUUUAAAAACGCUGAGGUGCUUUCUUUAUUGGUGAAACUUGCAAAUGGUUGGCGUCAGCCUCAUUGGAAGAAAAAACCCUUUGUUCAUCAUGGAACUUCUUCUUCACUAUUAGAGCAGUACAAGGUCAAUAAUGGGUCACUGAUUCUUGUUUGGACUGUAGACAUUGUCAAGCAAAACGCAUAUUACAUUCAGAUUUUGAAGAUCUGGGACAUCUUGCCAUUAUCCAAAAUGUCACAAUUAGCAAAUCAUCUUGAUGUCUUAUUUGGGAAUUACACAGUGGAUAUGAUUAAUUGCUGCAAACAAAAAUGUUUUGACAGGGAUUUAGUUGUUCCAAUGAAAUCGCCAAUUGGCUCAAGUAGUUAUCCUGAAGCUAAUCCUGUGCAGUCAUUGUUAGAACCGUUAUCUUCACUCAGUCUGAGGGGUCAUUCAGAAACAUCCUAUCCAACUUAUUGGUGACUGACUGGCACUGCUUGCCAAAACCCUGAUACUGCAUGUAAGGAGGGCAAGCAUGAUCCUGCUGGUGAGCGAAGAACUUCCUGCAGAGGACUUAAAUCUAUGCCUGCAUGCAAGCGGGCAAAAUCAGGUCUGGCCUUAUUCUCAUCAGCCAAUUCUAACGAUCAAUACAAUAUAGAGGUUGGAGAAAAUUGAACUCCGUUGAGGGCCUUGGCGAAAAGUUUAUGCUCCUGAGGUAAAUAAUUCCCAUCUGAACGAAGAUCAGUUACUAUCUAGCAAAACGAUCUACCAGUGCCUUGGCGUUCUCCGGUGCAAAGAACCGUGCCUGCACAUAAUUCCGUUAGUGCACAGAUACUUUGUAAUAUUUUCUGCCUGAAUGUAUGUAUGUAUGUGUGUAAGUAUGUAUAAUCUAGGCGCCAAGGUUCUAUACAAGAAUGUGUGUGUAUUUGUAUGUGGACACUUAAAGCCGUAGGUAUGUAUGUGUAUAUUUGUAUGCAGUCAAAGGCGUAGCCAUGUGUGCACAAGUAAAUAAAAUGUAUGUAGUGGCACAUCUAUAAUAUAUACUCCUCCAAGUUCACAAA